CGCAUUUUGCAAAAUGGCAGCGAUGGAAGAUGGAGACGACGAUGAUAAGUUGGAGACAGAACAUUUCCUCAGAAUCGUCAACGCCUUUAGGUUUUACAGGUCCCACUCCCUGAUGCGUGUGGAGAGCGCUGACCGGUACUACAAGGAGCUGUCCGAUGACCACAAGGCCCUCAUCCCUGACUUCCGGGCCAACCUGGACCUGAUCCGGACCAGCAUUGACCACAACUAUGAAAUCAUCAAACUCAUCCUGCAGGACACAGAGCAUAUGUUUGAGAACAAGAGUCACGGCCUACAGAAUGGGGGAGACAACAUCAAGCAGAUCCCGCCAACAACGUUUGAUAUGGACAAGGUGAAAACAACGCUGAAGCAGUUUGUGCGGGACUGGAGCGAGGACGGGAGGGCGGAGAGAGACGCGUGCUACAGGCCGAUCAUGCAGGAAAUAGUUCACAGAUUCCCAGCUUCAGAGUGUGACCCCUCGUCUGUGUACGUCCUGGUUCCUGGAGCAGGGCUGGGGCGCCUGGCCUUCGAGAUUGCUAAUCUCGGCUACAGUUGCCAAGGCAACGAGUGGAGCCUCUUCAUGUUAUUCGCAUCUAACUUUGUUCUUAACAAAUGUAAGCAUGUGAAUUCCUUCACCAUGUAUCCGUGGGUGCAUCAGUGGAGCAACCACACGUGCAGGGCAGAUCAGACUCGACCAAUCAGUUUCCCCGACAUUGAGACCACCAGCAUUUCCCCCACAGUCAAUUUCUCAAUGGCCGCUGGGGACUUCCUGGAGGUGUACACGGAGCCAGAUUCCUGGGACUGUGUGGCCACUGUAUUCUUCAUUGACACAGCGCACAACAUCAUCGCCUACGUAGAAACCAUGUACAAGAUCAUCAAACCAGGCGGGUGCUGGAUUAACCUGGGUCCCCUGCUGUACCACUAUGCGGACCUGGCCAACGAGAGCUCCAUAGAACUCAGUUACGAAGAGCUGAAGCAUGUCAUUACAACGAUAGGCUUUGUUAUAGAGAAAGAGGAGGUUGAUGUGAAGUCGACCUACACACAGAACACCAAGUCCAUGUUGCAGUAUCAGUAUCACAGUGUCUUCUUCGUGGCCAGGAAACCCUCCUGACCGAGGGCUUACAGUCAAGCUUUCAAGAGUUAUCUGCCCUUGAGUUGUUCAGAUAUUGUUUGUGCUAGGUUACCCGUUGAACAGACUACAGAGAAAUGUGGAGUCAGGAGAACAGGAGGAUAUGAAGUUAUCUGCCCUUGAGCUGUUCAGCCAUUUUGUGGGCGUUUCCUAUUGAGCAGACUACAGAGAAAUGUGAGUUCAAGGAGACAGGAUAGCAUGAGGAUAUGACAUGCAGGAGUGUGGAUAUGGUUCCUGGUUGAAAGAAUAACUACACAUUACAAGUUACAGCAAUGAAAUCAAACACCCUUCGGAGUCCACUUUAGAAGAGGAGCCGACCCGUGAAGAUCCAGGGGUAGUAUAGGUCUUCAGCAACCUAUUCUUGCCGUAAAAGGCGACUAACUGGAUCGGGUGGUCAGGCUUGCUGACUUGGUUGAUUCAUGUCUUCCAAUUGCGUGG